CCCUUGCGGGGGAAACCCCGCGCCCUCUUUAACCCCUCCCACCUCCCCUCACGCUCCCUUUCCGGCCGCGGCUCCCUCCACGCCACCAUGCCCCUCGCCAAGGACCUGCUGCACCACUCGCCCGAGGAGGAGAAGCGGAAGCACAAGAAGAAGCGCCUGGUGCAGAGCCCCAACUCCUACUUCAUGGACGUCAAGUGCCCCGGCUGCUACAAGAUCACGACCGUGUUCAGCCAUGCCCAGACCGUGGUGCUCUGCGUUGGCUGCUCCACCGUGCUCUGCCAGCCCACGGGGGGCAAGGCGCGGCUCACCGAAGGGUGUUCCUUCCGGAGGAAGCAGCACUAAGGGAUGGAUGCGGCUCCGCUGGGAUCUCGGCGCCGGCGUGGGGAGGAGGCCAAUAAAGUGUGGAUACAA